UAUCAAACUCUUGGUUCAUAAUUCGGCACCUCUCUCUCUAAUCCUCUGUGUCGGAACUCCGAACCCUAACCCUAUCAACAGCGAAAUCAAACCUAGACAACAAUUCGGAACCCUAACCCUAUCAACAGCGAAAUCAAAACUCGACAACAAUGGUGUGCAUAAGAAAAGCAACAGUCAACGAUCUACUUGCGAUGCAGGCUUGCAAUCUAUUCUGUCUCCCUGAGAAUUACCAAAUGAAGUAUUAUCUCUAUCACAUCCUCUCUUGGCCUCAGCUUCUUUAUGUCGCGGAAGAUUACAACGGCCGUAUUGUUGGUUACGUUCUCGCCAAAAUGGAAGAGGAAACUAAUGAGUGUCAUGGUCAUAUUACUUCUCUCGCCGUUCUUCGUACUCAUCGGAAACUUGGUCUCGCUACCAAACUUAUGACAGCCGCACAAAAUGCUAUGGAACAGGUGUUUGGUGCCGAGUAUGUCUCGCUGCACGUUAGGAAGAGCAACCGUGCUGCUUUUAAUUUGUACACAGAGACCUUGGGGUACAAGAUUCAUGAUGUGGAGGCCAAGUAUUACGCUGAUGGCGAGGAUGCUUAUGACAUGAGGAAGCAACUCAAGGGGAAACAGAUUCAUCAACAUCAGCAUCAUCACCACCACCACCAUCAUGGCGGUGGUUGUUGUUCUGGUGACAUGAAAGCGGAGACCAAGGGGAACGCAAAAGCCAUUUGAUUGUGAGAGAAAUUUUUCUCCGUAUUGUUUUAUCUAGUCUAUUGAAUGUCUUUGUUGCGAAAACAAUUGGAGCUUUGUUGGCUAGUUUGGUAUUGACAAGAUCAUAAUUGGUGGUUGAAUAAUGUUGUCACUUGUUGUAGGCUUAUAUAGUUAUGUUUACUAUUUUGUCUCUUUACAAUGUGGAUUUUUUUUAUUUAAGAAUGCACUUGUUUGCGGUUCAUGUCAUGAUUCUUGAUUGGGUAUAGUUGCAUUCAAAUAUCUCUGUUUAUGUCA